GGCGAUAACAGGUUCCGCAGAAGAUGUCCUGUAUUCCGAAUUCAGCACGUAUCUAUGGGUCGCCGUCGUGUCAUCAAUCAUAUUCAGCUGCAUCUUCAUCUAUAUUCUUUCCAGAAUCAGAUCAAGAAAUCGGGAAAGGGAAACUUGCAUUGCUGUGACAAUAGACGUGAUCCGUGCCACUUUUGGAACUGCAGUUCAAAGGCUGCCAACCAGUCGGCCAGGAAGAAUCUACUUCCUUUCUUAUAUUUUUUAUGCAAUUGUGGCUAUAACUGCUUACCAGACAUAUUUAGCUUCGAUAUUGACCGUCAGGAAGGAGGUACAACUAAUCAAGACGGAAGCAGAUAUUGUUCGAUCAAAAUUAAUGCCAGGAGGACCCAUCGUCUUGUUGCACAUUCUACAAAGUCAAGAAGAAAGUCCCUCCAUGCCUUAUCUCAUAGAUAAUUUUGAAAUUUUCGUUA